AUGGCGCUGAACAAAAGGACUUACAACCACUCCUCAAAAUUUCAGCUGUUGCAGUGCCUCAGCAAUCACAUGAACAACAUUCAAGCCCGCCCGCAUUUACAACUGCCUUUUGGCCUCCUGCCUACCUGCUGCCACCAGCUACUCCUGCUGCCCAUCCCUGCCCACCUGGCCCUGCCCACCAUCAUGCCCACCACACCACACACUACUGUACCCGUUGGGGCCUCCUUUUACGCUGCCUUGUUUCGUGCCGGGACAAAUGCUAAACAUGGAUUACGCUGUAAGGCAUGCAAGCUGAGCAUUCACCACAAAUGUGCAGAGAGCACUGGACAGCAACGGUGCAUGGGCAAACUGCCCAAAGGUUUUCGUCGUUACUACAGCUCUCCCCUCCUCAUUCAUGAGCAGUUUGGCUGCAUCAAAGAAGUGAUGCCAAUUGCCUGUGGCAAUAAAGUUGACCCUGUGUAUGAAACACUUCGCUUUGGAACUUCCUUGGCCCAGAAAACCAAGAAAGGCAGUACUGGAAGUAGCUCAGACUCACCAAAAAGGAAUUCUACAUCGGAUUUGGCAGAAGUUCCUGAGGAAAGAGGAAGUCCAGGAAAUAUGUUUGACAUAAAUAGACAACGCAGCAAUAGUGUAUUUACAUACUCAGUAAACGGUGUGUCAGACUUUGGAGAAGAACCGAAGAAAAUAAACUCCGUAUUACAGGGAUCUCUUAAUAAAGAUACAGUACAGAUGAAUACCUAUGUUGCCUUGUACAAAUUUGUACCACAAGAGCAUGAAGAUUUGGAAAUGAGGCCAGGAGAUAGAAUUACACUGCUAGAGGAUUCGAAUGAAGAUUGGUGGAAGGGAAAAAUAGAAGACCGAAUUGGUUUUUUUCCUGCUAAUUUUGUUCAAAGAUUGCAAGAUGAAAAGGUUUUCAAAUGUAUCAGGACAUUUAUUGGGUGCAAGGAACAAGGACAGAUAACCCUAAAAGAGAACCAAAUCUGUAUAACUUCAGAAAAGGAACACAACGGGUUUAUCAAAGUAUGCAGUGGGAAGAAAAAGGGCUUUGUCCCAGUAGAUGUCUUAGAAAACAUCUGAAACUUACCCGCUCAACAACUGCAGUAGUGAAGCUUUGCCAGCAAGACCCGUCUGCUUCAUUUUGCACUGUGUCUACCCAAACAAGCUGUCUUGAAGAUGACUAGGGAAAUCACAAGACAACUACAAAGAUCAACUGUUAUCAAGCACUUAAGCUGCUUUGAAGCAACAAACAGUGGUUGAUCAAUAACAAACUGUAUUAUUAGAGAAAGAACCAAAUAAAGGUGGUGUGAGUCUUAA